AUGGUCGACCUCUCGCUAUACCUGGUCACAGACUCCACCCCGGCCAUCCUGAAGGGCCGGGACCUCUGUACGGUUGUUGACCAGGCCCUCCAGGGAGGCGUAACGGUGGUGCAAUACCGGGACAAAUCCAACGAUACCGGAGUCUUGGUCGAGACUGCCCGGAAACUUCACCAGAUCACCCAAAAGUACAAUGUACCGCUCUUGAUUAAUGACCGAGUCGAUGUUGCUCUCGCCAUUGGGGCUGAGGGUGUGCAUCUCGGUCAAGAUGACAUGAAGUAUGAGGAAGCAAAGAGACUUCUCCCCAGUAAUGCCAUCAUUGGGAUCAGUACUUCUUCCAUUGAGGAAGCCAGGAAGGCCAUCGCAGAUGGUGCCGACUACCUUGGAAUUGGUACUAUGUUUGCCACCCCUACUAAAACCAACACCAAGUCAGUCAUUGGAACUGCGGGCACUCAGAUUAUUCUGGAUGCUAUCAACGAUUCUUCCGUGGGGACUGUCUCGAUUGGCGGCAUCAACCACUCCAAUGUGCAGAGAGUCAUCUACCAGUCUCAGUCUCCCAAGAAGGCACUGGAUGGAGUAGCCAUCGUCAGUGCCAUCAUGGCAGCCGAUGACCCAACGGCAUCCGCUAAGCUGUUCGCCGAACUCAUUAAGAACCCUCCCCGGUUUGCCGUGGCCCCCGCUGCCCCUCGUUCUAACGAAGUCGAGGCCCUGUUGACCGAGGUGCCUCAAGUAGUCCGCAAGAUGGUUGAGGUACACCCUCUAGUGCACAGCAUGAUCAACAUUGUCGUGGCAAACUUCGUUGCUAACGUUGUUCUCUCCAUUGGCGCAUCCCCAAUCAUGUCCCCAUAUGGCGACGAAGCCACAGACUUGUGUAACCUUGACGGUGCACUCCUGAUCAACAUGGGAACUCUUACUAGCGACAGUGUCUCCAACUACCUCAAAGCCAUCAAGGCAUACAAUGAGCGUGGCAACCCUGUAAUCUAUGAUCCCGUCGGUGCCGCUGCUACCCACAUCCGCCGCAAUGCGGUUUCCCAGCUUAUGGCUGGUGGUUACUUUGAUUUGAUCAAGGGUAACGAGGGCGAGAUUCGUCAGGCUUGGGGUAGCAGUGCUGUCCAGCAGCGUGGUGUCGAUAGCGGACCGAGCACUCUAGAUAGCAAGCAAAAGGCAACCCUAGCCCGAGACCUUGCUCGGAGAGAGCGCAACAUCGUCCUCAUGACUGGAGCAACAGAUUACCUCAGCGACGGCGAGCGAGUGAUUGCCGUCGAGAACGGCCAUCCAUACCUCGGCCAAGUGACUGGAACUGGUUGCGCCAUCGGCACAAUCGCCGGCUGCUUCCUGAGUGCCCAUCGCUCGGACAGACUUCUCGCCGUGCUAUCCGGUUUACUCAUGUACGAGAUCGCCGCUGAGAACGCAGCAGCCAGCGAGCAUGUUCGUGGCCCUGGUAGCUUCGUGCCCGCCUUCCUUGAUGAGCUGUACGCCAUCCGCACUGCUGUGGCGAAGGGCGAUGAUAGCUGGUUUGUUGGGCGGGCCAAGGUGCAGGAGAUUGAGCUGUAG